AUGGCAAAAUGCAGGCCUCCAGGCUCCCAAGAUGAAAUGGAAGAUGCAUUAGGCUACAAGGUCGCCUCUCUAGAUAAUACUUACAGUGAUACGGAGCGCUUUUACUCAGACCUUACAAUUGUCCCUUCCAACAUUUAUGAGAAGACAAGAAACGAACUUGAUGAAUACUUGAGAACAAAGCAGCACCGAUAUUCCAAAGCAGCCCCAGAGAAUUAUCUCCCUGGGCCUGGAAUAAGCAAAGUGUGUGAUUAUUGCUCAACCUUCCCAGUCACAGCAGAUAUUUAUUAUGACUUCGGAUUUCAUCUACCACUGCAGCUGACCAAGGAUGAGGCAUUGGCGGUAAUGUCCAUUGCACAGCCCCAAUUCUUUAAACUCCCUAGGGAAGUCCGCGACGAGAUCUACACAUAUGCAAUCCCCAAAGCGGAGCUGCAAAUGAUCGACUCUGGCGAUGUUUCUGGUGUCAAUUUUGCUAGAGGAAUAGGUGAUCCCAGUGGCUUCUAUUUUCCGUUUAGAAGCAACCUCGGUAUCCUCGCAGUCAACAGACAGAUGCGUAAAGAGGCACUACGACUGGCUUAUCGCAAGACAUCCAUUCGUCUUUAUGAUAUGGACGAUUUUUUAAAAACUGCCAUCUCAAUCGGAGAAGUUGGUCGUCAUAAUGUCGAAUUCUUGAGCUUCACUUGGGAAAGUAAAAGCGACAUGGAGUCUAUCGGAAAUGAAGAUUUAAGCUUUGGAUGUGACUGCAUUAGGCUGCCAAACCUUCACAGCAUUCGAUGUGUUCAAUUACUUAAGCAUUUCAACAGAUUGAAGUGUCUCCGAUUGCAUUUUGAGAGCGACCUCUUAUCGACUUUAUCUUGUGCCGACUUUAGGAAUGAUCCUGGAGUUCGCAGUCUCUGUACACUUCAUAGAUUCGAUAAACUUGAGAUCGUCAAUGAGUCAGGGGAACCAGCACAUCAUAGUAAUAGUAGAAGAAUUACGAAUUGCUAUCUUGUGUGUGUGUGUGUGUGUGUGUGUGUGUGUGUUUUACGAGGAGGUUCGGGUCUUUCCACGCAUCCUUGGAACCUCGGAAGCAGAAAAGCCCUGGUCCCGGUGCGUGACAUACGACGGGCAGAUCGGAACUGCCUGUCACCUAGCUAA